AGCUCAGAAACUGCCAGCCGAGAUCACAGUCUCUAGGACUGAAGCAGGAGGAGGGAAAGACUGGAAGGAAGAGAGACAGGUUAGAGGGAAAGAGGCUUGGGAAGAAAACAGCAGGAAAGAAGCCGCUCAUCACACUUCUAGAGAGGCAAAUGAUGCUGGAGAUGAGGACAGAGAAAGACAAAACUAUGAGAGCCAAAAAAUACAAAUAAAACGAAAGAGGAGAAAAUGCCAAGAAGAACAUCCAUCCGGAGAAAUGAAGAGAAUGAAAGUUUUAUGCUGCAGAGCCGUUCUAUGUUUUUCCGGCAAAAAAUUCUCUUGCUGUUUUUAAGCCCUUUUGCAUUUGCCAGCCGUUGACAUUGAGGCAUGUUCAGCGGUGCCAGCAGCGUCUCAUCUUCCUUCUCCUCUUCCUCUUCAUCUUCCUCCUCCUCAUCUUCCUCCACCAUCACCAUCACCACCACCGCCACCACCACCACCUCCUCCUCCUCCUCCUCCCCCUCCUUCUUUUCCUCCUCCUCCUUCUCCUCCCAUCAGCAAGAAGACAAACCGAGGACAGUCUUGAAAUAUCGAAAUUUCCUCCUUGGGAUUUGCCAGCGCCGCGUUGCGCCAAGACUGUCGGAAUAAAGGACGCUGACUAUUGUAUUAUUAUUUUAUUAAUUGGUCAGUGGGAAGAUUACCGAUGAGGAAAGGGGACGCCUGUCACCCUUCCUGCGCUAAGAUUGAAAAAUGAGGCUGAGUUGGGGGAAGCCCUAAAAUGAAGCAAGAGGAAUAAGAUUUUUCAGGACAGAAAGCCACAGGAGCCCCCCACACAGCGCACUUUUAUUUGUUUUUUUUUUUUUUUUUAAGAUUUUUUUUUUUUUUCUGUGGUGGUGGGGGAGGUGAUUGGGUGGCUGACUGGCUGCGGGAAGCUGCUUCCUUUCCCUUUGGAGAUGAUUGUGCUAUUAUUCUUUGCCUUGCUCUGGAUGGUGGAAGGAGUCUUUUCCCAGCUUCACUACACAGUGCAGGAGGAGCAGGAACAUGGCACUUUCGUGGGGAAUAUCGCUGAAGAUCUGGGCUUGGACAUUACAAAACUUUCAGCUCGCAGGUUUCAAACGGUGCCCAACUCGCGGACCCCUUACUUGGACCUCAACCUGGAGACCGGGGUGCUGUACGUGAACGAGAAGAUCGACCGCGAGCAAAUCUGCAAGCAGAGCCCGUCCUGCGUCCUGCACCUGGAGGUCUUCCUGGAGAACCCCCUCGAGCUCUUCCGUGUGGAGAUCGAAGUGCUGGACAUCAAUGACAACCCCCCCUCCUUCCCGGAGCCGGACCUGACUGUGGAGAUCUCUGAGAGCGCCACGCCGGGCACCCGCUUCCCGCUGGAGAGCGCAUUCGACCCAGACGUGGGCACCAACUCCUUGCGCGACUACGAGAUCACCCCCAACAGCUACUUCUCCCUGGACGUGCAGACCCAGGGGGAUGGCAACCGAUUCGCCGAGCUGGUGCUGGAGAAGCCGCUGGACCGAGAGCAGCAAGCGGUGCACCGCUACGUGCUGACCGCGGUGGACGGGGGAGGAGGGGGAGGAGGAGGAGAAGGAGGGGGAGGCGGCGGGGGAGGCGGCCUGCCCCCCCAACAGCAGCGCACCGGCACUGCCCUACUCACCAUCCGAGUGCUGGACUCCAACGACAACGUCCCCGCCUUCGACCAACCCGUCUACACUGUGUCUCUACCAGAGAACUCGCCGCCGGGCACGCUCGUAAUCCAGCUCAACGCCACAGACCCAGAUGAGGGCCAGAAUGGCGAAGUCGUGUAUUCCUUCAGCAGCCACAUUUCGCCCCGGGCGCGGGAGCUCUUUGGACUCUCCCCGCGCACUGGCCGGCUGGAGGUGAGCGGAGAGCUAGACUAUGAAGAGAGCCCGGUGUACCAAGUGUACGUACAAGCCAAGGACCUGGGCCCCAACGCGGUGCCCGCGCACUGCAAGGUGCUUGUGCGAGUACUGGAUGCUAACGACAACGCUCCGGAGAUCAGCUUCAGCACGGUGAAGGAGGCGGUGAGCGAGGGCGCGGCGCCCGGGACCGUGGUGGCCCUGUUCAGCGUGACCGACCGCGACUCCGAGGAGAAUGGGCAGGUGCAGUGCGAGCUGCUGGGGGAUGUGCCGUUCCGCCUCAAGUCUUCCUUCAAGAACUACUAUACGAUCGUGACCGAAGCCCCCCUGGACCGAGAGGCCGGGGACUCCUACACCCUGACCGUUGUGGCUCGGGACCGGGGCGAGCCGGCGCUCUCCACCAGUAAGUCGAUCCAGGUGCAAGUGUCAGAUGUGAACGACAACGCACCGCGGUUUAGCCAGCCGGUCUACGACGUGUAUGUGACCGAGAACAACGUGCCCGGCGCCUAUAUCUACGCGGUAAGCGCCACAGACCGCGACGAGGGCGCCAACGCCCAGCUAGCCUACUCUAUCCUCGAGUGCCAGAUCCAGGGCAUGAGCGUCUUCACUUACGUGUCCAUCAACUCUGAGAACGGCUACUUGUACGCCCUGCGCUCCUUCGAUUACGAGCAGCUCAAGGACUUCAGCUUCCAGGUGGAAGCUCGGGACGCCGGCAGCCCCCAGGCUCUGGCCGGUAACGCCACCGUCAACAUCCUCAUCGUGGACCAGAACGACAACGCCCCUGCCAUCGUGGCGCCCCUGCCUGGGCGCAACGGGACUCCAGCGCGGGAGGUGCUGCCCCGGUCGGCGGAGCCAGGCUACCUGCUGACCCGCGUGGCCGCAGUGGACGCAGACGACGGCGAGAACGCCCGGCUCACCUACAGCAUUGUGCGGGGCAACGAAAUGAACCUCUUCCGCAUGGACUGGCGCACCGGGGAACUCCGCACCGCGCGCCGGGUGCCGGCCAAGCGCGACCCCCAGCGGCCUUACGAGCUGGUGAUCGAGGUGCGCGACCACGGGCAGCCGCCCCUGUCCUCCACUGCCACACUGGUGGUGCAGCUGGUGGAUGGAGCCGUGGAGCCCCAGGGAGGGGGCGGGGGCGGUAGCGGGGGGUCAGGGGAGCAUCAGCGCCCCAGCCGCUCCGGCGGCGCGGAGACCUCGCUGGACCUCACCCUCAUCCUCAUCAUUGCGCUGGGCUCGGUGUCUUUCAUAUUCCUGCUAGCCAUGAUCGUGCUUGCCGUGCGUUGCCAAAAAGAGAAGAAGCUGAACAUCUACACCUGUCUGGCCAGUGACUGCUGCCUCUGCUGCUGCUGCUGUGGCGGUGGGGGCUCGACCUGCUGCGGCCGCCAAGCCCGGGCGCGCAAGAAAAAACUCAGCAAGUCGGACAUCAUGCUUGUGCAAAGCUCCAACGUACCCAGUAACCCGGCCCAAGUGCCGGUGGAGGAGUCCGGGGGCUUUGGCUCCCACCACCACAACCAGAAUUACUGCUACCAGGUCUGCCUGACCCCUGAGUCCGCCAAGACCGACCUGAUGUUCCUUAAGCCCUGCAGCCCAUCGCGGAGUACGGACACUGAGCACAACCCCUGCGGGGCCAUCGUCACCGGCUACACAGACCAGCAGCCCGACAUCAUCUCCAACGGAAGCAUUUUGUCCAACGAGACUAAACACCAGCGAGCAGAGCUCAGCUAUCUAGUUGACAGACCUCGCCGAGUUAACAGUUCUGCAUUCCAGGAAGCCGACAUAGUAAGCUCUAAGGACAGUGGUCAUGGAGACAGUGAACAAGGAGAUAGUGAUCACGAUGCCACCAACCGCGGCCAGUCAGCUGGCAUGGAUCUCUUCUCCAACUGUACUGAGGAAUGUAAAGCGCUGGGCCAUUCAGAUCGGUGCUGGAUGCCUUCUUUUGUCCCCGCGGAUGGACGCCAGGCUGCGGAUUAUCGCAGCAAUCUGCAUGUUCCUGGCAUGGACUCUGUUCCAGACACUGAGGUGUUUGAAACUCCAGAAGCCCAGCCUGGGGCGGAGAGGUCUUUCUCCACCUUUGGCAAAGAGAAGGCCCUUCACAGCACCCUGGAGAGGAAGGAGCUGGAUGGACUGCUGUCUAAUACACGAGCGCCUUACAAACCACCAUAUUUGAAUCAUUUCCAUCCUCUUUCUUAUUUUGUACAUUGGAAAUAAAUCCAUAUAAGCAUUUGUCUGCCAUGUGAGCCUAACAAAGGAAGAUUAUCAAUUAAAAUAUAAAUAGAAUUAUUCAAUGAAAAGGAUUAUCUACCUGGGAUUUUUUUCCUGCCUCAUCAUACUGAAGAUGUGUGGGUCAAAAUUUAAAUGCAUUGAGUUAUAAAGAUAUUGUAAAAAGUCUGGAUUAUAUAAAUUCGAUUGCUUAUAAAUAUCAUUAAACAUUAUUCAACACUCAAUGUGCCAGACUUUUUUUGGGUGAGUCUGCGUCUUCUGAAGUCCUUUUAAUAGGAAUCAGAUAGUGUCAUUUAGAUAAUAGAGCUUGGAAACUGUUUUGUACUCUGAGGUUUAGUGUUUAAGAUUAAAUAAUACUCUCAAAUCAAGACUGAACUUAACAUAAUGUGAGUCAAUUUAAUGUUUCCCAAAGUGUAAUAAAAUCCUGGAAGUUUUGUAUCAAGGUUCAUAAGACUUCCUAAUUACUGCAUUAGUGGCCCCUAAUCACCUACAUCAGUUUAGGUGGGGACAGUAUAGAUGAUUUGGAAACACUGAAUCCCGAAAAUGUAAUUACAUACAAAAGGACACGGAUGAAAACAAAUUAUAAGCUAGAAAUUUUCACAGAUAAAAUUCAGGGGUUUAUUUCUGAUUCGUUAACUGAUACAUUGCAUGAAAUUAUAUUUGUACCUUAUACCUAGGCACAUACUGUAUUCUUUCUCCUGGAGAUAGAUUUCUUUUAACUGUGAGGAUUGAAAAGAGUAUAUGUGAACUUCAUUUCAACAAAUUUUUUAUAAUCUGGCCAGUAGAGUGUUAUUAAAUAAUCAAUGACAAAAAACCCAAAACCAAACCAAACCAAAACAAACCAAACCAAAACAAAACAAAACAAAAACUACCACUGACAGCUUUUAAGUUAUUGAGCUCAACAAUGAGCUUAACAAGUGAUUGUAAAUCCUUUUUCUGUGUUCUGUAGUCAUGAUUCUGUUAUAUGGAUGCAUUUAUGCAUAUAGACAUCCCAUAUAGAAGCAUUAUGUCUUUAAUUUAAUUUAAUUUUUAAUUAUAUCUAUCAGUUACCAGAGAAAGAACAGAGCAUGAUUAUUUAACUAAUGGCUACUUCAGUAUCAGAAACUGUUAAACAUGAGAAUUUGGCACUUUUUGAGAAACAGAUAAGUGGCAAUCGGUUUUGGUCCAUUUCUUUAUUUUUUAAGGUGCUUGUUGUACUUUUUGAGGACCAGUUCACAUUGCACAUUAAAGCAAAAUUGACCUGUAGAGGAAAUAGGUGUCUGUAUUACGAGGAAAACAUUAUUUUUAGUGUUUGCAAAAAUAUUGUAAUGAAUAGGACUUUUUUUCCUCUUUUAAUGUUGCUAUCAGCCAGAAUCCUGUACCAGAUUCCAAGUUACCUGUGCUGGAUAUUUAAUCAUAUAUUUUAUACUUCCUAGAAAAGUGACUUCGUUUGUUAUCAAGUGUCCUAAGGUUUAUAUUUAUGCCAGUCACUAUAUUUCAGCUGAAAGUUGGCCAAUGACUGCAUUAUUCCAUAAAAAGCAUAGUUGUAAAUGUGCUUUUGUUAAAAUCUUCAAAUAAGUGCCUUAAAGAAGAUGAAAAGACCCAGGCCUAGGAGAAAUACAUAAAUAAAGCCAGUAUCAAAUGUAUAUUUCUUGAGUUAAAUUUUGAAUCACCCAGGAUAAAGAAGUAGCUAUGGGGAAGGGUCUGUCUCAUAGCUCACUGAACAUAUCAUUGGGUUUUGUCUCAAAGUACAACACAUGGUAGAAAGUUCGAGUCAACAACGGCAACAGUAGAAUAAGCAUACAUGUUGUCUUGAUGGUAUAUACCUGAUGGUGUACAUAAGAUGAAAUAUCUCACUUGUAGGUUUAAUCAAAAUAGUUUUAGGAAUAGGUCCAUAGAAAGGAAGGUUGAUGUUCUAGUUUGACAGUUGCUAUCAUUUUAUUCUUAGAAAAUGUAUAGAAAAUCUGGAGGCUAACCUGUAAAAUUAGUAUAAAAUGAUGGUACUUGUUUUCCCCACUGUUGAUAAACCUUAUACAAGAACUCGUCCCCUUGCCAGUUACUAAUGGUGUGGGUUUAAGUUUUGUUUGCCAGAGAAAUACUCCUCAGAUGAUUACACUGGAGAGCAUGAAACCUAGUUUUGUUUUGGUAGAUGUAUCUUGAUUCUUGAUUUACCUCAAACGUUUUUUAUGAGAACUAUGGUAACAGAAAACAAUACUGCUCGGAGCUCGUAGAGUUCCACUAAAUUUUACUUUUAAACAUUUUAAAAAAUGAUGGGUAAUUUCAAGCAUAUAAAAUAGA